AUGAAGCCCAAUUCCAAGUUCUUGCCAGUGCGCCCCUUUAUGCUGCCUGUGUUUCCGGUGCCCCUUGACAUAGUAUCUGCAUGGUCUACGACAGCUUUGGAACAGACGAGCUUACGAGAAGAUCCUUGUUUCCUCAACGAUUGUGCCGCUGGUUCGACUUGUACCUUCUCUCCCCUAGUCACGGGUUUUACCUGUGUUUGUCCCAAUGGAUUCACGGGCACUCUGUGUAACCAGGCUGUCAAGCAAUGCACGAGCAGUACAUGUUUAAAUGGAGGCACGUGCAUAUCAUCAGGCCUAUCCUUCUUUUGUCAAUGUCCGUUUGGAAUCUCUGGAACACGAUGUGAAAACAAUAACAAUAUUUGCAACAACAACCCAUGUGAGAAUUCUGGAAGCUGCUCAGCCAAUACUCUAAACGUGAAUGGUUUUACCUGUACUUGUGCCGCCGGUUUUACUGGAACUACAUGUAACACCUCACCAAACAAUGCAUGUAGUGUUAACCCAUGUUUAAAUAACGGUGAAUGUGUAGUUUCUGGAACAUCGUUUAUCUGUAGAUGUCCUACUGGUUUUUCUGGUCCUACUUGUCAAAUCUCUGAUACAGUAUGUAACCCCAGUCCGUGUCAGAAUGGUGGAAACUGUUUCCCUAACGGUAACAGCUACUUCUGUCAGUGCCCUGCUGGAUAUUCUGGAAUUAACUGUCAAACUGUCACUAACCAAUGCAAUACAUUACCAUGUAAAAAUGGAGCCACCUGUUUCCCUAACGGAAAUAGUUAUUUCUGCCAGUGCCCUGUGGGUUUUUCAGGCACCAACUGUGAUGUUGUCAUAAAUCAAGCUUGUAAUAGUGGACCCUGUCGGAACCAGGGUCAAUGUUUUAAUUUGAACAAUGGUGAUUUUUUCUGUCAAUGUGCAACUGGUUUUACUGGACUAACUUGUGAUACAGUAAUAUCAUCAUGUACAUCUCUACCCUGUCAGAAUGGUGGAGCAUGUUUUCCAUCCGGAGAUUCAUAUCUCUGCCAGUGUCCUACUGGAUUUACUGGUGUGAACUGUCAAACCAGGAUUGUGAAUACACCUUGCAACCCAAGUCCUUGUCAAAAUGGAGGAACAUGUUUUCCAAGUGGUACAUCUUACUUCUGUCAAUGUCUGGCUGGGUUUUCGGGAAACGAGUGUCAAACAAGGUCCUCUUGCAGCCCCAGUCCUUGUCAAAAUGGUGGAACAUGUUUUCCGAGUGGUACAUCCUAUUUCUGUCAGUGUCUAGCUGGAUUUUCAGGAAACGAGUGUCAAACAAGGUCCUCUUGCAGCCCCAGUCCUUGUCAAAAUGGUGGAACAUGUUUUCCGAGUGGUUCAUCCUACUUCUGUCAAUGUCAAGCUGGAUUUACAGGAAACGAGUGUCAAAAUGUUUUACCCUGCAGCACCAAUCCUUGUCAAAAUGGUGGAACCUGCAGUCCUAGCGGAACAAGCUACGCUUGUCAAUGUCCAAGUGGAUUUUCAGGAACCAACUGUGAAAUAAGAUCUCCUUGCAACCCCAGUCCUUGUCAAAAUGGGGCCACAUGUUUUCCGAGUGGCACAUCCUACUUUUGUCAGUGUCUAGCUGGAUUUUCAGGAAACGAGUGUCAAACAAGGUCCUCUUGCAGCCCCAGUCCUUGUCAAAAUGGUGGAACAUGUUUUCCGAGUGGUUCAUCCUACUUCUGUCAAUGUCAAGCUGGAUUUACAGGAAACGAGUGUCAAAAUGUUUUACCCUGCAGCACCAAUCCUUGUCAAAAUGGUGGAACCUGCAGUCCAAGCGGAACAAGCUACGCUUGUCAAUGUCCAACUGGAUUUUCAGGAACAAACUGUGAAAUAAGAUCUCCUUGCAACCCCAGUCCUUGUCAAAAUGGGGCCACAUGUUUCCCUAGUGGUUCAUCCUACUUCUGUCGAUGUCCAGCUGGAUUUUCAGGAGACAACUGUGAAGUUUCACCCUGUGACCGUAACCCGUGUUUAUAUCAAGGACAGUGUACUGCCAAUAUCAAUCUUAUUGGUGGAUAUGCUUGUAGUUGUCGAAAUGGCUACACGGGCACUAAUUGCGAAGUUACUCCGUGUAGUGUAACUCGAUGUCAAAAUGGUGGAACCUGUUUACUUGAUUCAACACUUCUUGCUGGAUACAGAUGUAACUGCCCCUCAGCAUACACUGGUACUCGAUGUGAAACAUCCACGAACCCCUGUUCUGUUAAUCCUUGUGCGAAUGGUGGAACUUGUCAACCCACUGGAACUACAACAACAUCUUUUAUCUGUCAAUGUAACAAUAAUUAUAUCGGUGACAGAUGCCAAACAUUGAGUCCUUGUAUUACUAACCAAUGUUUGAAUAACGGUCAGUGUAUUGUGGAUAGUAGUGGAACAUUCACUGGUGGAUUCAGAUGUGCCUGUGUCAAUGGUUACUCUGGAAACAAUUGUCAAACUUCACCAUGCUCCAGCAGUCAGUGUGUGUCUGGACAAGGACAAUGUGUUUUGGAUACUACAAGACUAGGGGGUUUCAGAUGUGAUUGUUUCGCAGGUUACAGUGGAGAUAUUUGUCAAAUCCGAGCUGAUCCCUGUGUCAAUAAUCCAUGUGGAUUUAGAGGAAACUGUAUUGCUUCAGGAUCUACCUACCAAUGUCAGUGUAAUGCACAAUAUACUGGAACUAACUGUGAAACCUUAUUAAGAUGUUCAUUCAGUCCAUGUUUAAAUAAUGGAGACUGUACAGAACUUCCUUCUAGUCAACAAGGUUAUAGAUGUUCCUGUAGAAAUGGAUACUCGGGAGAAAACUGUCAAACCUCGCCAUGUUUCAGUAGUCAAUGUGUGAGUGGUAAUUGUGUAGAAGAUGUGACAAGAUUAACAGGUUUUAGAUGUGAUUGUUUUGCUGGAUUCAGUGGUGAUUUAUGCAAUGUUCGAGCUGAUCCCUGUGUUAAUAAUCCAUGUGGAUUUGGAGGAAACUGUAUUGCUUCAGGAUCUACCUACCAAUGUCAGUGUAAUGCACAAUAUACUGGAACUAACUGUGAAACCUUAUUAAGAUGUUCAUUCAGUCCAUGUUUAAAUAAUGGAGACUGUACAGAACUUCCUUCUAGCCAACAAGGUUAUAGAUGUUCCUGUAGAAAUGGAUACUCGGGAGAAAACUGUCAAACCUCGCCAUGUUUCAGUAGUCAAUGUGUGAGUGGUAAUUGUGUAGAAGAUGUGACAAGACUAACAGGUUUUAGAUGUGAUUGUUUUACUGGAUUCAGUGGUGAUUUAUGUAAUGUUCAGUCCAAUCGUUGUCAAGGAGUAAAUUGUCUAAACAAUGGUUUUUGUAAUCCCGAUACUGCCCAGUGUGUGUGUCAAGCUGGUUUUACAGGAACCUUCUGUCAAAACAAUUCCGACCCUUGUGAACCUGAUAACUGUGAAAACGGUGGUAAAUGUAUCGUCAUAUCUGCCAACACCUCAAUCUGUGAAUGUCCCACUGGAUUCAGUGGAGAGUUGUGUCAAACUGUAGAUAAUUCUGAUCCCUGUUCCGCAAUCAACUGUCAAAACGGUGGAAAAUGUAUCAAACUCACCGACAUAUUAGCUAUAUGUGAAUGUCCGGGUGGAUUUAGAGGAGAAUUUUGUCAAAACUCACCUAAUGCCUGUAAUGGAGUAAAUUGUCAAAAUGGAGGAAAUUGCCAGGUUGUAGGGUCCACAUUUAGAUGUAACUGUCCGGUAACCCAUACUGGAAAUUUCUGUGAAACACCCAAUAACCAAUGUCUUAACAACCCCUGUCAGAACGGUGGAACCUGUGCUCAAGGUACUAAUGGCUUUACAUGCACGUGCCCGCCCUUCUAUUCAGGAAAUAUAUGCCAGACAGUGUCUCCGUGUCUGACUGGUAAUCCAUGUGCGAACGGAAGGUGUGUCCCAGAAACCGCAUCGUCUUUAUUCUCAUGUGAAUGUUUUAGUGGUUGGUCGGGAUCUUUUUGUUCUGUGGCUGUAAGCCCUUGUACGGACGUCAACUGCAACAACGGUGUCUGUAGACAGACUUCCCCCACUUCCUCUGUCUGUGACUGCUUCCCCAAUUACACUGGUGACAGGUGUGACAUUCUUCUUGUUUCAAGCCCGUGUACAAUCAACCCUUGUCAGAAUGGCGGCGUCUGUAGCACUACUAUUGGCAAUAACUUUAGCUGUUCCUGUCCUUCAGACUUCUUUGGUACCAGAUGUGAGACGUCAGACCCAUGUGGAAGUUCGCCGUGUAAAAAUGGAGGAUUAUGUUCUAGUUCUGAUCUAAGUUUUAAUUGUACCUGUCCUGAAGGUUAUGCUGGUAGAAUCUGUGAAAAUCAACAACCGUGUCCUGCUUACCCUUGUCCAGACACCGUAUCAUCAUUCCGUUAUCCAGACUGGAAUAGUCUCAAUUGUCAGGGCUACUAUAGAUGUACUGAUGGAAGUUUAGUCCGAGAAUUCUGCUCUGGAGCCACGUCAGCUUUCGACCCAUUCACAAUGGAAUGUGAGGAACAGUCUCAAGAUAACCUCUGUCUGGCCUAUCAAUUACAACAACAGUUAGGAUUACCCACGUAA